CCGCUUCAGGCGUCUCGACCUGCCCUGCCGGUCCUGGCCAAGGUUGCCCCCGGCACGGCACAGCCAGGUGCCAUGGAGGAGCCGAUGUGCCUGAUCGAGAACAGCCCGGAUGGGGAGCUGCAGCUGAACCAGCGAGCCCUGGCCCUGCUCCAGAGCGUCCGCCAGCCCGUGGUGGUGGUGGCCAUCGCCGGGCUGUACCGCACCGGCAAGUCCUACCUCCUGAACCGACUGGCCGGCAAGGACCGGGGAGGGUUCUCGCUGGGCGCCACGGUGCAGUCGCACACCAAGGGCAUCUGGAUGUGGUGCCUGCCCCACCCCCGCCGGGCCGGCCACACCCUGGUGCUGCUGGACACCGAGGGGCUGGGCGACGUGGAGAAGGGCGAUGCGAAGAACGACGUGUGGAUCUUCACGCUGGCCGUGCUGCUCAGCGGCACCCUGGUCUACAACAGCCUGGGCACCAUCGACCAGCGCGCCCUGGAGCAGCUGCACUACGUGACGGAGCUGACGGAGCACAUCAAGGUGAAGGUGGCAGGUGAGGGCGGCCGGCAGAAGGGGGAGGAUUCAGCUGAAUUCGUGCACUUUUUCCCGGCCUUCGUUUGGGCCGUGCGGGAUUUCACACUGCAGCUGGAGCUGGACGGGCGGGAGAUCACCGAGGACGAGUACCUGGAGAACGCCCUGAGACGCAGACAAGGCCAGCCCGAGAAGCUGGAUCUGCCCAAGAAGUACCUGCGCCAGUACUUCCCCUCCCGCAAGUGCUUCGUGUUCGACCGCCCGGCCCCGCGCUGCGACCUGGCCCGGCUGGACGAGCUGCCCGAGGCAGCGCUGAGCCCCGACUUCCUGGAGCCGGCGCAGCGCUUCUGCAGCCACAUCCACCAGCACGCGGGCACCAAAACCCUCCCCGGCGGCCACGUGGUGACGGGCACCUUGCUGGGGAACCUGGCGGUGACCUACGUGGACGCCAUCCGCAGCGGGGCGGUGCCCUGCAUGGAGAGCGCGGUGCUGGCCCUGGCGCAGAUCGAGAACUCGGCGGCGGUGGGGGAGGCCGUGGCUGUCUACGAGGAGCAGCUGGAGUGGCGGGCGGCGCUGCCCACGGAGAGCGUGCAGGAGCUGCUGGAGGUGCACGCCCAGUGCGAGCGGGAGGCGCUGCGGGCGUUCAUGGCACGCGCCUUCAAGGACGACGAGCAGCAAUACCAGCAGCAGCUUAAGGACAAGCUGGACUCCAAGCGCGCUGAGCUCUGCCGCCAGAACGAGCAGGCAUCGUCGGACCGGUGCAAGGCCGUGCUCAUGGAGCUGUCGCAGGAGCUGGAGGAGCGGGUCUGCGAGGGGAGCUACUCGGUGCCCGGGGGCUACCAGCGCUUCCUGGCCGACCAGCGGGAGAUGGUGGAGAACUACCAGCUGGUGCCAGGGAAAGGGAUCAUGGCGGCCGAGGUGCUGCAGGAGUUUCUGAAGUCCAAGGAGACGGUGGCCCAGGCCGUCCUGCAGACGGACCAGAGCCUCACGGACAGACAGAGGGAGAUCGAAGCGGAGCGGGCGCGGGCCGAGGCAGCCGAGCGGGAGGCCCAGCUGAGCCAGGAGAUGCAGGCCAGGACGGAGCAGCUGCUGCAGGACCAGACGCGCAGCCACCAGGAGCACGUCCAGCAGCUGACAGCCAAGAUGGAGCAGGAUAGGAAGCAGCUGCUGGUCGAGCAGGAGAGAGCGCUGGCCCUGAAACUGCAGGAGCAGGAGCGGCUGCUGCGCGAGGGGUUCCGGGGGGAGGCGGCGCGGUUGGAGCAGCAGAUGCAGAACCUGAGGCAGGAGAUGAACCGGCCCCGGCGCUCCGUCUGCGUCGUCUGCUGAGAACAGCGACCCAGAGGACUCGGGGAGCAGGGCUGGGCUGGCUGAGACCUGGGGAGUGCUGGUCAGAGCCAACUAGGGUGACCAGAUGUCCCAAUUUUAUAGGGACAGUCCUGAUUUUUUGCUCUUUAUCUUAUAUAGACUCCUAUUACCCCCUACCCCCGUUCCGAUUUUUCACAUUUGCUGUCUGGUCACCCUAGAGCCAACCACUAGGGUCGUUGUACGUUUGAGGGGGGGCUUCUGACUUCGCACUAAGUGAUGCUUGUUAUUUACUGAGAUUUGAUACUGGAAAGCUGUACACGCUGGUGUGUUAUUGUAGGGUCUCUCAUAAACACUGCACCUGCUGCUUGCUCUGGUUUGUUAUUGUAGGGUGUCUUGGAACCCUGCUGGUGCUGCAUGCAGUGCUGUGUUAUUAUAGGGUCUCUCAUAAACACCAGAGCUGCUGCUUGCCCUGGAGUGUUACUGUUGGGUCUCUUAGGUAUUGGGCCCUUCCAAAUUCACACUCCAUUUUGAUCACAGCCAGAAGGUUUUAAAAUUGGUCAGUUUCACGUUUUCAGCUGUUUACAUCUGAAAUUUCACGUGUUGUACCCAUGGGGGUCCCAAGCCAGAGGCACCCGGAGGUGGGUCUGAUCUUUCCCGAGAGUGGCCAUGCAGGGGAAGGACAAGUCCUGUCCCACCCCAGCCAAUGCGGGAUUUGCAGCGAGGAGCUGGGCGCUCCCAGGAGCACGGGGGAGAUCAGGGCUACUGCACGGUCCGGGACAUGUGUUUCACAGCUGUGAAGCUGGUAGGGCCCUACUUAUGUACUCUGCUGCUGCUGCUGGUGGUGCAUGCCCUGGCGUGUUAUUGUAGGGUCUCUUGUAAACCCUGGUGCUGCUGUGUGCCCUGGCGUGUUAUUGUAGGGUCUCUUGUAAACCCUGGUGCUGCCGUGUGCCCUGGCGUGUUAUUGUAGGGUCUCUCGUAAACCCUGGUGCUGCCGUGUGCCCUGGCGUGUUAUUGUAGGGUCUCUCCUGUGUUACCAGAUUUGCCCGUUACUUUGGGUACGCUCAUUUAUUCGGGUUACUCUUCUGGGAGGGGGUUUCUGUAAUUCUAUCAAUGUGCUGCUUGUGUUAUGUGUGUUCUCUUACAGAGCUGGACUGCUCCCUGCUGCAAGUCCCCCCCAAUGGAGCUGUCCUGCCUGACCUCGGUUCCCCCGGGCUGGGCUCCUCCAGCCCCAGAACCAGACACACACACACACACACACACACUAACAGAGCACGUCUGAGCGGACCGGGUUAAUCCGCACUCCCAAGCUGACCCCUUAUAUGCCCCAGGUUCAGCACGUUCCCAUCCCCACUGUCACGUUACAAUUGUUCUGGUCGUAACCCCCUUGAUGAGCAAACCCCACGGGAUUUUUGGGCGCUGCCGGGAUCUUUAGCUUAGGGAUGAGGAGGAAACCAAAAACACCCACGAGGGGGAGAGAGAGAGAGAAGCAACCGGCUUAAUCAUGAAAGUUAUUGAUUGCCAGGUAAUGAGGGGAGCCACCCAAACAAAGCCGUGAUAAUAUUAACUCUAACUUGCAUUUGAUUAUAAAAGUCAGGUGUAGAGAACGAUCACUGAUCACACCAGUCAGGGUCAGAAGCUACACCGUGAGAGCGAGAGCUGGGUUCUCACCGCGCCGUGAAGCUGGAAUCGAUCGGGGCUCCCAGUGAUGGUGGGAGCUGCGCCAGGCAGAGCCCCCAGCACGCCCAGUCAGGAGAAGAUGACGUUCCCAUGGAACUGAUGCAGAGUUUGGAUCCAGGCAUCCGAGCACUCACCUGAGCGUGGGUCGGGGGUUUUGUAGGGAAAGAACAAUGGAGAAACUCGGUUUGUUUAGGGGUAAACAAUGGAGAAUCCCAGAGUUGCUUUGUUCAGGCUAGACGUGGGAGCUGCUCAUUCCUGGCUGGGGGCGAUGUUCCUUCCAGGGAGCUCCCAAUGCAGUUAGGCAGCUUCACUAUUUUGGAUCCCAAUAAAGGAUUUAUUGCUAGAA